UGUCUGCCUGGGACGCUUGCGCGGCGCCCAGCCUCAGCAGGCAGCCGCAGUGAGGCCCGUUCUCUCCUUCACGUUGCCCUCUCGCAGGCAGCGGUUCGCUCGGGUUUGAUCGGCAGGAGGUAUCGAGGCUGCAGGCAGAAUGUCUGUGCCACCGUCAUAUGCAGACUUGGGGAAGUCCAGUCGGGACCUCUUCACGAAAGGAUAUGGGUUUGGUUUGGUGAAGCUGGAACUCAAGACCAAAUCAUCGAGUGGAGUGGAGUUUACCACCUCCGGCUCUUCAAAUACUGACACGGGCAAAGCUACGGGCAGCCUGGAAACCAAGUACAAGCUGAAAGAGUAUGGACUCACCUUCACUGAAAAAUGGAAUACUGAUAAUGUUUUGGCCAGCGAGAUCACCAUCGAAGAUCAGCUUGCUAAAGGACUGAAGCUGACUUUUGACACGACAUUCGUACCAAAUACAGGUAAGAAGAGUGGAAAGCUGAAGACUGCCUACAAACGCGACUAUGUGAACUUGGGCUGCGAUGUUGAUUUUGACUUUGCUGGCCCCACCAUCCACAGCAUGGCUGUGUUGGGCUAUGAGGGUUGGCUUGUCGGUCACCAGAUGGCCUUUGACACUGCCAAAUCCAAGCUGGUACAGAACAACUUCUCUCUGGGCUACAAGGCUGGGGACUUUCAGCUGCAUACCCACGUUAAUGACGGUGCAGAGUUUGGUGGCUCGAUUUACCAGAAAGUGAAUGACAAAGUGGAAACUGCAGUGAACCUUGCAUGGACUGCUGGCAGUAACAAUACUCGAUUUGGGAUUGCUGCCAAGUACCAGAUCGAUAGUGACACCUUUGUAUCAGCGAAAGUGAAUAACUCCAGCCUGAUUGGAUUGGGAUACACUCAUACUCUCAGACCAGGUGUGAAAUUGACAUUGUCUGGACUGAUUGACGGGAAGAAUUUCCAUGCUGGGGGGCACAAGGUCGGCAUGGGCUUCGAGCUUGAGGCUUAGCAUUGAGGAUUGAAUGGUAACACCUUUUGGGUCGGCUGCUAAAAUAUAAAAUGAUGACAAUAAAUUGCUGGUCUCCUCCCUGGACCAAGCACAGAAGAAUCUUGAGAAUAUUUGGCCUUAAAUUUGAUUUUGAUAUGAAUGGCCAGUCUGUUUUUUGCUGGGAGGUAGAAGUACUGGAUUGGUUUCACAGGUAACACUACGUGGAGGUUGUGUCCAAAAUCAUUUCCUGCGAAUCCAAGCUUUAAAUCAUGUAUUACAAUCCAAAUUUAAUUUCUUUUCUGUGUGACUGCAUGUGGUAGAGACAUUAAUUGCCAUUUUUAAAUCACUUUGCUGUAUCAGGAGAAAAUAAACAGAUGUCAUUGAGUUUA